AUGGACGCUGCCGCUAGCAAGCGCCGCGUGCCUGCCGACGCGGAGGUGAACGCUGCAGAGGGUGGACGCGCCGCUCCCCCUCGCGCUCGAGGUGCUGCGCGCCGCCCCGCCGCCGCGUCCGGCUCGUGGUUUGGCGCGCCGCUCGUGUACGCCGUCGUGACGUUCUUCAGCCUCAUGAUCCUCGUGCACGUGUGGCAGUUCUCGAGCUCGCAGAUGCACCCGGUGCUCUCCACGCCCUUCCACAACAAGACGAUGGUGCAGUUCACCACCAAGUUCGGCACCUUCACCGUGGACCUGUACCCGGAGCACGCGCCCAAGACCGUGGAGGCCUUCAAGAAGCUCGUGGACGGCGGCUUCUACACGAAGGACGCCGGCUUCUACUACAACGAGCCCAAGUUCGUGCUGCAGGGGGGAGGCUUCCUCUUCGGCAAGGAGUCGCCCAUCGGCAACCUGCCCGUCGAGUACAGCGCGCCCAGCACGGAGAGGAUGGUGGUCAUCGCGCGCAGCCACAAGUCGGACUCGGGCAACACCGAGUUCGCCAUCAUGCUGCACGACAACACCGAGAGGAACCAGCCGAGCGAGGACGGACCGGGAUACACAACGUUCGGGCGAGUGGUGGAAGGCUGGCACACGAUCGAAUUCAUCUCCAAGAAGAUGUCGUCCGGCUUCAUGGCCAAGGAGGACCGCGAUCGCCAGAUUGGUUUCGAGAAGGUCGAGUUCGUCGAGAGAUUGUCGAACGACAACUACGACGCCAAGAUGCGUCUUGAAGAACUGACGUACGUGCUGGAGACGCCGCACAGCGUCGUUGUUAUCUCCGAGAAGGACUGCCCCGAGAAGAAGGAGGUGCAGAAGAUGCUUCACAAGUACCGCACGACGGUGCGUACCAAGGAGAUUGGCUUCUCCAACCACAUUCCGUACGAGCUGGAGGCGGUGGAGGCGCUCACGGGCCGCAAGUCGCUCCCGCUUGUGUUCAUCAAGGGCAAGUACGUCGGCGGCCUGCGUGAAGUGCAGAAGCUGCAGCAGACUGGAACGCUCCGCACGAUGUUGGAGAAGAGCGGCACGCUCGCCGAAGACAUCGUAUGGUCAGCCAUCAACCAGAACGGGCUGGUUCUGUUUAGCAAGUCGUACUGCCCGUAUUGCAAGAAGACCAAGGAGACACUGGCGGGACUUGGCGCCAAGCCCCUUGUGUUCGAGCUGGACACUCGCGAGGACGGCGCUGCCAUCCAGGCUUUCCUGUUCCGAUUGACGCGCCAAUCCACCGUGCCCAAUCUCUUCAUCAAGGGCAAGAGCGUCGGUGGAAACGACAACGUGCAGGAAUUGCUGCGAUCUGGCGAGCUGGUUGACCGGCUCAAGAAGGCUCAUGCCAUCGACUAA